CAGCCCGUCUGACACCAACAACCAUGCCACGUUCAAAGUCACUUAAAUCCCCUUUCUUCCCCAUUCUGAUGCUCGGUUCGUACUUCAGCAAGUCCUCUUCACCACGUUUAGAUGCUUAAAUGCAUUGAGUUGCUGCCAUGUGAUUGGCUGAUCAGCUAUUUGUGUUAACAAGCAAUUGAACAGGUGUGCCUAAUAAAGUGGCCGGUGAGUGUAUAUCAGGCAUGAAGAUUCACAAUAUCUGUCCAAAGCAGAAAGCAGAAAUCUAUCAUAUCUUACCUGCAUUAUGCGUUCCAUUUUACAUCAUUUUAUGGAAAGCUGAGAUCUUAUUUAUGCCAGAUACUUUUAAGAUAUCGCCUCUUGAUUUCUAAAUUUACAGUUUGUGGUUUAGUACACACAGUCUGAAUAUAUCUUUAUGACAUAACUACUAUAUCACAUAACUGUGUGUUGAUGGAAGGCAAACCAAUGCCAUUUCUAUUUACAGCAAAGCAUGUGGGGGGGGGGGGGGGAUUGUAAGGGUAUGAGGGGCUGCUCACACACAGACCUACUUGGAAGCUGUCCAACACAAAACAGCCCUGUUGUCGUCCCCUGAACAACUGAGGCCAUCCUUGAUCAAAGAGAACAUCCGCUCCAUUUCAGAAUGAAUCUUUAUUGCAGCAGAAGAUUUUAACAGAAGAGCUGAACUCAUUCUGGCUUCUGUCUAAGAGCUCGCCCGCCUUUCAGUUCAGUUGUACACUUCAUGGAUUCAUAGGUCAUUCAGGUAGACGAGCAUGACACAGAAAGUUUAAACUUCCAUAUUUUAAAAAGGCUCUGUUUGUUUUGGAUCUGUUUUAAUAGUGGUGCCAUGUGAUUGGCUUCCAGGAACUCUGUGCCCCAAGACACAGUGCAAACAGACUUAUCCUAUCAGCUACCCACCCAACCGCAACCAUCUACUGCCUCAUUUAGGUGUUGUCGUAGCAAAAUUAUGAUUCGGUGCUUGGACUGUGUAAAGUAAAUUUAGUCACUUUACAGUCUAAUAUGAGUGAAUUAUGAAAUGAUUGUGUAAACCUAGAGGUUAAAAUGUCACAAGCUAUUUGAGUCUCUCUGGUUAACUCUAGACGUGUUCACGUGUGUUGAUUGAGUGAAGAAGUGAGAAACAACAAAACACUUUUACAUAUGCAUAACAAAUACUGAAUCUUGUGGUUCAGUGCUGUUAGAACUAAAAACAGAGAUGGGUAGCCUGACGACCAAAGGGGGUUCAUGAUGUAUGUGAUAUAUUUGAUUUUCUUCCUCCACUCUUCAUUAUCCCCUGGCUAACAGUGCUGUUGCAUUGACUAUUGUCAAACAUCAGAACACCAAGGUAGUUGUAGAAACCCUAUUUUAGCAUAUAUAAAAUGAUAUAUUUUUUUCCCUUUGUUACUUUGUGUUGGGUUUUAUGUCCUUGACAGUUGAGGCCUGAUUGAGUGGCACAAAGAGAAGACGUCAGGUCUGCCAGGAUUUUGCAAUCCACUGGACCUCAUCUGACAUUGUUGCUCCCCCUCUGACACAUCAGCACAGGGAGUUGAGGCCAAAUCUAUGAAUCGCACAUGUAUGGAUGACCCUAUCUCUAACCCUACUGUACCUGCUGUGGCUCCAGUUUAGCGGAGCGCUCUGUCACACACGCACAUCAGCAGUGUUUGUGUGUAAGGGAUUGUAAAAAUCUGUUUGCAAGCAAUGUGCUACUUACUGUAUGUAUUAACAAGAGCCAGGGUCUCUGGAGGAAAGGGAAAAAAAGCCGAGUAUCUUAGUUGCUAACAUGAAACAUAUGGCCUAGAAACAAGGGGAUGUUUGUUGACCAGAAUUUAACAAAUGUGUUCAAGUGGUUGUGCACUUGAGCUCUCUGCAGCAGUGUUAUUUCAGAAAAAUAAACCACUGCUUCUCUCAAUUGUAAUACAGAAAGUCACUCAUGCACUUAUUUCCUUUGGCCUAGAAGAUUAACUAACUUUACUCCGGCCUUACUCCAGAGUUUGACACCAGACGGAUCCCUUGUGGCAGCGCUCUGGAUAGUUGCAGUUGUGACAUGUGAGUUCAUGUCAGUCCAAUUUUAGCCUCAGUGAGCUUCAGCGAUUACUGUUGGUUUUUUAAUUGCUCCUGCAAAAAAAGUGAAAAAGUCCAGGUAUUCUGUGAAUGCAGUCAAGUGUCUUAAGUUAUUUUGACAUUUGCUCCUCAGAUGUUUUAGAAUCAUUCCAAACCAUGAGCAUCAGCAUGUUUGCUUGUUGUAACUUGAGUGCUCGUUCCAUUCAUUACAAAGUCAGUAGUAACUCAUUUUUUGAGAGUAGUGCAGAGAGUAUUGACUGAUGGAUAUAUAUGGAGCUAUCAAAAAAACAAAAGCUGGAGAAAAAAAAAAACGUGUUCAGAUACUGUCCCAUGUAAUGUGACAGCUGGUGUUUUACGGCACAGUGUGUUUGACUCGUAUCUAUGUCUGGUUAGCAGGGUUGUGCAACUGAUUACAUCAACAAUUACUAAAAACACAAUGUUUGUUCCUCUCACUGACUAACACACACCCCUCCACUGAAACCAGUGAUUCCAGUGAACACGUUCUAUCUCACACACACACACACAACUUGUAUUUAAUAUGAAAACAUCAAUUCAGUACACAAGAAUAUCAGAUUUGUGUGUUAAUGGGUGAGUCUGUGUGGAUGGAGUGUGCAAUGGAAUUUGGUGGCAAUUCAUCAGACCAAGAAUAGGAGGCAUGGUCUCACCAGCAUGGUGUGAGAAUGUCCCAGCUGUUGACUUGAUAUGGUUAUGGGCACUAAGCGAGGGCUGAACACUGGUUCUUAUCUGUUUGGAUGAAGUGUGUGAGCACCGGGUCUGGUUUGACACAACUUCACUCGGAGAGCAAAUGCUGUGUCUGCGUUUCAGCGUAGGAAUGCGAGCGCAUUCCCCCGCCCCCCCCAAAAAAAAAAACAGAUGAAUGAUUGAUGGUCUUCACUUCACUUGCUUUCUAAUGUUCACAAUAUUUCUUGUAACUUGAUCUGAAGCAAUUAGUCAUUGAUCUUAGUCGGCCAUCAAGUGUUAUUCUACACCUGACAUGGUAUCAUGCGGAUAUACACUGGGGAUGUCUACUCUUUGUACCCAUAGAUUAGCUUUACUGUGUCGGUAAAAUGGUUUCUAAUGCCGCCGUCUGAGUGAUUACUGAGGUCAACAAGUGACAUCAUUUUCUUUAAUGCUAUACAUUGACUGUAAAGACUUGUGCUCACACAGAAGCUGGGAAUGUGAUCCGUCUCAGCAUGUUAUCAUCUUGUAUAGAUCGUACCCAUGAAGCCUUGCAGCAGAGCGUACGGUAGUGAUGCAGAGGGGUGAGGGGAUGAUUUAAUGUAGGUUUGGGUGGGGGAUGGUGGUAAUGAAGCCUCCAUGUAUCCCCUGGGAAGGUCACUGCUCAGCACUAGUCCUGCUCCAUCAGCCUGAUGUCAGGCAGCUCUGUGCAAUUUAUCUGUUUGCUCGUCUCCGGCUGCCUUUAGUGCUGUCUUAAAGUGACCUCGCCUCACUGAUGAGGAGGCUGUUCUUGUGUACACUGAAGCCGGCCCCUUUUGGGUUUUCUUUAGGUGUAAUACGGUAAUGCACUCUGCAGUCACUCUCCUCAGCCAGCAGAGCGGCUUUUUCAGUCCUGCCGCCGAUGUAGUCAGAGCAGUCUGAGAGGAGGUGUGUGUGUGGAGAGGUGGUGCGUCCACCUGGACCACUGUCUGUGCUGGAGUACUGGGUCUCCAUAGCUGGAGGGGGAGUCUCCAGCUAGUAAGCCUCGGGCUGAGGCUGGGUCAUGGGCUGUAUUGGCAGCAGAGCGUGCCUUAGUGCUCCCAACGCUGCAGAGAGGCGUGAUGAAGCAGCAAGGCAGUGCGGGGAUCUGUCCCAGGAGCUGGUCGGCCUUCGAGGAGAGCUGGUUUGCUCCGUCCACUCAUCUGAACUCCUGGAGAAGGAGAAGGAUGAGUUGUAUGUCGCUCUGCAGGAUGCUCUGCACAAACUGCAGGAGCAGCACCAGAACGACCUGGUGGAGCUGGAGCAGAGACUCCAGGCCUUCUAUCAGGCUGAGUGGGACAAGGUCCACCUCACCUACCAGGACGAGACUGACAAGUGCAAGACUCUCAUGCAACAGCAGAUGGGAGAGCUUAAAGCCAAUCAUGAAGCCAUGAAGCUGGAGCUAGAGAGCAGCCACGCAGAACAGCUGCUGUCUGUUAGACAGCAGUAUGACAUGUCACUGGAAGAGCUCAGCAAAGUCCACAACCAGGAGCUGCAGUCCUUGGAAAGAACCCUGAAAGAGACGGGAGCCACUCUGUCUGAACGGAUCCAAGAGCUGACUGUGGAGAACUAUGCCCUGAUUGAGAAGCUGACUGCGGUGGAGAACCGGAGGAAACAGCUGGCCGAGAAGAGUCAGUCUUUGGUCUCUGAGCAUCUUGGCGCUACUCAUUUGUCCCCUCAGAAGGACUCCCACACCCUGUAUCUGGAGCAGGAGCUAGAGAGCCUCAAAGUGGUGCUGGAUAUUAAAAACAAACAGCUCCACCAGCAGGAGAAGAAGAUGAUGGCAAUAGACACACUGACAGAGAAACAUGUGAAGUUGGAUGAGAGCCUGAAGAAGGUCCAGCAGGAGAAUGAGGACCUCAAAGCCCGUAUGGAAAAACAUUAUGCACUGUCAAGACAGCUGUCGACGGAGCAGGCAGUGCUGCAGGAGUCCCUUCAGAAGGAGUCCAAGGUGAACAAGCGUCUGUCGAUGGAGAACGAGGAGCUGAUGUGGAAGCUCCACAACGGAGACCCGAGUAGCCCCCGCAAGGUGUCCCCCACCUCCACCUCCCCAUCCCGGUCCUUCAGCCUCCAAUCACCUCGCAGCUCGGCCGUGUGCUCCAGCUCGCCCGUCUCGCCCAGAUAAUGACGGUCCCCUGCUUCCAGGAAGCACACCCCGUCUUUGGAGUUUUCCACCUGGAAUUAAGAGCCAUGUUUGUUUCCUGUUCGCUGAGCAACACAACAGCCUGACUGUGGCUCCUUCAGGAUUGGAUGAACUCUGACACUUUCUGUACAAACACUGCAGAGUACAAAAUAGUUGCACAGAUGCACUUAAUAGGCAAGGUCGCCUUGUUGUUUUGCCUUUCACGUCUGGUACUAUGGAGGAAAUCUCAGGACUUCUAUGUAAUGAUACACUAUUUUUAUUUGUUGACAGAGACUUGUCUGCCCUGAAGCUCAUCGUACACACACACACACAGUACAUGCAGUAAGAGAUGCACAAAUGCUUGCAUGUCAACUCGUGCAGAUACAGCCCUUGUUCUUUCUGUCUCUGGAGAUCACAGCGAUGGAGUUCAGAUGACAUUGUCCCUCCUCGGGGCACAUUUUAUUUAAAAUGUGCAUGAAAUGGCUCCUGUUGGAUUCCUGCACCAUUUCUCACAUCUAACUGCGCAAGAGUGACAGUCAAAUUGUCACGUCACUAACAUCCCGCUGCUAGUCGGUACACCAGGGCUGUGCAAGUCUCCAUGUUCAGAGGUUCUUUGGGUUUCUUUUUUUAAAGGUUAAGGUUUUUUUUACACCUAGUUUGUCAGUUCAAGCAUCAUCUGUUGCCUCAAACAUGUUUUGUUUUCCACAUGUGUUUGUUUGACCAAGAGACCAAUCCGAGUCUUUGUGCAUGUGUUUGUGUCUCGGUGAUCACCCCGUAUUGAAUCCUCCUAGUAGACCUUCAAAGAUGGGGUCUUUGUUUGUACUCAAUUUCUCAGAGUAUUUUGUGUGGACUUGAUAUUAUUGGUUUGUCGACCCUUUUUGAAAUAUGCAAAUAAUAAAGUCUUGUAUUAAA